GAAAAGCAGAGACUACUCAGGUUACUGGAAUUGCACAAUGCUGCUCCGUUCAGGCCACCGAAAGCCCUGCAAACCACCUAUCCGUGGAAAGCAAUUUUUUAAAAAGAAAUCUCUGCUGAAAAGGAGCAAGACAGUUUCAGAAAAGUCAGGAUUUAGUCUACGAAAAACAGUAAAAUGUUACAUACUGACAGAAGAUUCAAGAACUGUGCACUUUGAUUUAGAUGAACAUGGUCACCAUGAAAUAUGCACCAAGGAUUCACAAUCCCACGAAGAUAUUGCAUGGUUAAGUGUGUUCACAAGUAAUGAAUCAACCGUCUGUGGUAAGACUCAAGUGACUCAAGCUGAAACAAAAUUAUUGCAGCAAAGUGCUAAAAAUCUGGUGAUCCUCACACAGAGAUCAAAGCUCAAUGAAUUUGUCCUGUUGUGCAAGGGUGAAGAGCAGCUCUCUCUAAAGGUCCUAAAAGCACGCUGUUCACGACCAGAUUAUUCAAAAGUGAAAAGAUGCACCUUGAAAACAUGCAAGCAUGAUGAUCCCGACUUCGAGCAGUUGAGUGAAGACAAUCUCUUCUUCAUCAUGCAUUGUCAAGGAGAAUCGGUGAAGUUCCAGUGCUAUGACGACAAAAGUUACUAUCUGCAUGUCAAUGAGGACUCACUUGACAUACGCAAGCCAGAAGAGGCAGAACCUGAUGGAGAUAAAAAUUUUUACUUCAAAGUGUCGUAUUUGUAGGAAAAGUGAUUUGUCUACUUUUUAGUGGCCUAAAUGUCUAUACAGUGUCCAUAACAAGUCAGUAGAAAAGAAGGAUUGAGAUCAUGUAGAAUUAAUCUCUAUUUCGCCUUUUUAUUGACUUUUUUGUACUAUCUUGAGUCUCAGUUUUCCAUUUUACGUAUAAUAUCCUUUAGUUCUCUUUUAUACAACAAGUGGAGAAAAUGGCCAAGUUCAGUAAGCAAAGUCUAUUCGCAUCUUUUCUGCACAAUGACUGUUUCAAAUAGGUAAAUUCUAUCUGAAGAGGAAAAAUGCACAAAAACAGAGAUACAAAAGGUAUGAAAUGCAAAGUACAAUUAGUUUCCAAUGUUGUAAACAUCUUCCUCUUAAAUGACUCUUAAGAGAUCAUCUGAGCUGAGGAAGAAAAUGUUAAGGUGUCCUUAAAUGCAUAUAUGCAUGUACACACACUUUAGGAAAGGAGUGAAGAGGGAGUCUCAGAUCUGCAAGAAAAAAGAACAGAGCUGCUAGAUAAACAGAAGAGCUCUUCUACCUCGUCUGCAGUCCAUGUAAGAAAACAUAUUCCAUUUUGCAAUUUCUGCAUCUAUCCAGAACCCUAUAUAUAGCCUGAGACUCUCCAUGUGUUAUGCCAAAGGAAGUAGGCAAACAGGACUGACUGUACUUAACAGUCAGUUAAGUACAGCUUCUGAACAUUGGCAGCAAAAUUACUCCAAUUGACCUAUUGGCUUCCAUCUCUGAAUCCUAAAGGGAAAUACUCUGAAGUGUUUUCCUGCAGAGGAGAGUGCAGCUCAAUACCUGAACAGUGAUUAAAUGUUCAAAAGAACUGAAAACUCAAAAUAAAACCCAUCUGCUAAUCCCAUGUACAACAGAGGUGCAGUAAGAGUAGCUGCCUUUUAGCAACAGGGUCUGACAAUGUAACAUGAAAAAUGCUGACCUUGCGUUAUGCUCUAUAGAUGCUGAUCCCCGUCCCUGCAUUAUACCCUACCGUGUACAAACAAGUGAUCACCAUGUGUGGAAGAUGGGAUCCCCCGCUCCCUCGGAGUGAAGUUUCCCUCUGUGAUUUGCUGGCAUUUYCCCCUGGUGCAAUGCAUUCAGGUGCAUAUGUAGAUAGGAGUGCCAGGCAUCGUGCACGGAGGUGAAGCAGUUGAGGCAUAGCUGCAGCGGAGGAGUGACCUGUGAGAUACACAACGCGUGCAGGAAUGGCUCUGUGCAAAUACAAUAGGCAAAGCCUAUUCCUUAACCAGGAAUCUCAGUCACACCAAUGCACAUAGCAGUAAGGGUAGAGUCCAGAGUAGACAAAACCUCAAACGUCUGUGUGUCCUUAAGAGAAAUACUGUUCUCUUUUUUCCCAAGAAACAUGCAGAGUUUCACUGCUAGAAUCUCUGUUGUGUUCUCCAGACAGUGAAAAUCAUUUUGUUUAUUUCAAUGCUGGGUGAACAGUAGAAAGCUUUUAAUUUUUUCAUUUAAAUCACACUCAUGGCUUCUGGAUCUGUGAACUGGUUGCUGAAGUCAGUGAAAAAAAACGUGUCUAGUGACUGCAGCAAGUAUUCCGCUAGAACUACAUAUUUAGUUGCACAUGGAAUAAGUUCAAUUGUGUCUUGGGGAAACAUUAAUUAAUACACUAAUAUGCUAUAAUCAUACAUAUUUGGGGUAAUGUGACCACCUAAUUAAAGUACAGAACAUGCCCUCUAGGAUAUAGGUUGAUAAAACCACUACAACACAUAUAAAGCUCAUAAAAGCAUGUUAAAGUCAGAAAAAUUUCUCUUUGACCACUGUGAAUUUUAAAACUAUCCUACAGUUAAAGCUCAAAUUAUAGUCAUAUGCAUAUGAACAUAUUUACCAUCUAUAUUUCUAUUUUUAAUAAUUUAAUGGACAAAAACCAGCAUGGAAAGCUAUAGUAGUAACUUUUAAAAAUGUUUAGAUUUGCGAUAUAAAAGACAAAAAUUGUAUUUGAAUUUAUUGCAAACUUACCAGUCAGUGCUGCAUCUAUAUAUUUACAUAGAAAAUGAGAUUAAUGAUUUCUGGAUCCUGUUCUUUUCUAAACUCUUAUUUUACUGUAAAAUAAUUGUAAACUGACAUUUUCAAAUUUGCACUAAUCUAUAAUGAACUUCAGUUAAACUUGUAUUUUCCAAGGUACAAAGCAUGUGAAAGCAGACAAUUUAUUCUGAAAAGUACUGAUAUUCUAUAACUUUCACUUUACAGAUACAACAAAUAUUAAUGUUAACACAAUAUUUUAUGUUUUUCAAGAGCUUUGUCUUCACAGAAAUAGUACGUUAUAUUUGCUGCAGAAGAUUUGAUGUAUUCUAUAUAAUGUAGACUCAUGUACAUUUAGUACUCUGACCAUACUUGUAACU